AUGUCAAAGCACAUCAAUACUGCAUCAGCUGACUUCAAACAUGUCAACACCUCAUCAGCUGACUUCAAACGUGUCAACACCUCAUCAGCUGACUUCAAACGUGUCAACACCUCAUCAGCUGACUUCAAACGUGUCAACACCUCAUCAGCUGACUUCAAACGUGUCAACACCUCAUCAGCUGACUUCAAACGUGUCAACACCUCAUCAGCUGACUUCAAACGUGUCAACACCUCAUCAGCUGACUUCAAACGUGUCAACACCUCAUCAGCUGACUUCAAACGUGUCAACACCUCAUCAGCUGACUUCAAACGUGUCAACACCUCAUCAGCUGACUUCAAACGUGUCAACACCUCAUCAGCUGACUUCAAACGUGUCAACACCUCAUCAGCUGACUUCAAACGUGUCAACACCUCAUCAGCUGACUUCAAACAUGUCAACACCUCAUCAGCUGACUUCAAACGUGUCAACCCCUCAUCAGCUGACUUCAAACGUGUCAACACCUCAUCAGCUGACUUCAAACGUGUCAACACCUCAUCAGCUGACUUCAAACGUGUCAACACCUCAUCAGCUGACUUCAAACGUGUCAACACCUCAUCAGCUGACUUCAAACGUGUCAACACCUCAUCAGCUGACUUCAAACGUGUCAACACCUCAUCAGCUGACUUCAAACAUGUCAACACCUCAUCAGCUGACUUCAAACAUGUCAACACCUCAUCAGCUGACUUCAAACGUGUCAACACCUCAUCAGCUGACUUCAAACAUGUCAACACCUCAUCAGCUGACUUCAAACAUGUCAACACCGCAUCAGCUGACUUCAAACAUGUCAACACCUCAUCAGCUGACCUCAAACAUGUCAACACCUCAUCAGCUGACCUCAAACAUGUCAACACCUCAUCAGCUGACCUCAAACAUGUCAACACCUCAUCAGCUGACCUCAAACACGUCAACACCGCAUCAGCUGACCUCAAACAUGUCAACACCUCAUCAGCUGACCUCAAACACGUCAACACCGCAUCAGCUGACCUCAAACAUGUGGCUGGAAAAUAUAAUCUUCAUGUCUGUUCCCCACCGUGGGAGGAGCCCACCUUCAAAAUUGUAAUAGAAGGUCUUCCGAUGAAAAAGGCUGCCUUUGAUCCGUCAACCCUAAGGCUCAUCACAGAAAAGCAAAUGAGCAGCAUUGCAGUAGCAGGAGCCACCCACAUAUUCACAGGAGGAACAUUGUAUAACGAAUUUGCAAUUGUUAUUGAUGAGUUAGAUGAGGAUGACUCGGGUUAUGCGACUACAUUAUUGAUGCAAAAGAUCACUGUCAAAUUUCUAGAUUUUGUGUUGUGUAAAGAUGAUGCAGCUUCAACAGAUAACGAGUUUAGGGCUUCCGCCCAGCGUCGAGAAUGUGAAGCUGUUUCUUACUUCCGUUGUAUGUCUGGUCAGCUGCUCACAGACAUUAUAGUUCACGGUGAGGAUGACUCAGGUUAUGCUGUCCUCAUUGCUUGCAUUGUUUGCAGUGGUGCUCGCAACCGUGCUUGUAAUGUUUAA